ACUUCUAUUAAGAUAAAAUAAAUAUGUUUAUAUAACUUUUUAAACAGAUACAUUUUCAAGCAUAGCAACAUUUGUGACUUAUGAACGAAAGUGCUUGUGAUGAGCAAAGACGAUUAAAAAAGUGUCGAUAAGCCAAUAUUCUGCAGAAAUUAGCCAGAAUCUUCAGGUAUCUACAAAAUAUAAUAAAUAACACCCUCGCAUGUGAGGGUACUAUGUGGUGGUGCUCUUCUUCCGCUAGUUCAGGACCAAUGGCUGCGAUACGCAAAAAGUUAGUGAUCGUCGGUGACGGUGCGUGUGGUAAAACAUGUCUGCUAAUCGUGUUCAGCAAGGAUCAGUUCCCGGAAGUGUACGUGCCGACAGUGUUUGAGAACUACGUCGCCGACAUCGAGGUGGAUGGCAAACAGGUGGAGCUGGCCCUGUGGGACACGGCCGGCCAGGAGGACUACGACCGGCUGCGGCCACUGUCGUACCCCGACACUGACGUGAUCCUGAUGUGCUUCUCGGUGGACUCGCCCGACUCGCUCGAGAACAUCCCGGAGAAGUGGACGCCCGAGGUAAAGCACUUCUGCCCUAACGUGCCCAUCAUCCUGGUGGGUAACAAAAAGGAUCUGCGCAACGACCCGGCCACCAUCAACGAGCUACGCAAGAUGAAACAGGAGCCGGUGAAGCCGCAGGAAGGCCGCGCCAUGGCCGAGAAGAUAAACGCGUUCGCGUACCUAGAGUGCUCGGCCAAGAGCAAGGAGGGCGUGCGCGAGGUAUUCGAGACGGCGACCCGCGCCGCGCUCCAGGUCAAGAAGAAGAAGAAGACUAGGUGUUCUCUGCUGUAAGUGUGCCGUUGUCGUGCUCGGGAGAACUCUGAUUUAUGAAUCGUUCGCAUACAGUCUGACACUUAAGUUGAAACGACUCGGACUCUGCAGUCGCGACGUCGGCCACACAGUGCUUCCUUCCGAUACUGACAGCUGACGCGAUGUCGCGGCGCGCGUUGCACGCACACUCAUUCAGUAUUCGUGUGGCUACAUUUUCACUAUUGGUACUUGUACAUUUUAUAGAAUAUCUAUAAAGAAUAAGCAUAAAUGCCUUAUCACAUGUGGUCGGGGGUGAUCGCGCACCACCCGCGCGCCUCCCGAGGGCCAUUGGAAUUUUUUGUGCUAUAAACAUGUUAUAUAAUCCAUUAGCAUUUCUUGAAUAUUAUAAAUUUAUUCCUCAUUGGGUGUAGUCUCACCGAGACUUGAUUGUUUAGUUUGGUAUUUUGUAUUUUAAUUUUUUCAAUAAAAUAGUGAUGUUUAAA